CGCGAGACAGAGGUACGCUGGGCGUGCGCCAUCAGAAGGGAGGGAGGAACUCCGGUUAAAUACCGGAGACAUCAAAGAGAGGCAGUCUCACAGUAUCACCCGCGAAACAUCAGUGUCCGACACACGGAGAAAACAUGGCAAACGCGUACCUGCAAGGAGUGGAGAUCUCAGCGUCUCAGUUCUUGGAUAUUUUCCAUCAUUAUGACAACGAUGGUAAUGGAUAUAUCGAAGGGAAGGAGUUGCAGAAUUUUAUCAAAGAACUUCAACAAGCUCGAAAACAAGCAGGACUGGAACUAACAGACAAAAUGAAGGCUUUUGUGGAGAAAUAUGAGCAAAAUGCUGAUGGCAAAAUAGGUAUCACUGAGCUGGUACAAAUACUACCAACAGAGGAAAACUUCUUGCUAUUUUUCAGACAACAGCUAAAGUCCUGUGCAGAAUUUAUGGAGGCUUGGAGAAAUUAUGAUGCUGAUCACAGUGGAUACAUUGAAGCUGAUGAACUUAAGAACUUUUUGAAAGACCUGCUUCUGAGGGCCAAAAAACCAUACGAUGAGAAGAAAUUAGAAGAAUACACAUUGACCACGCUGAAAAUUUUCGAUUCAAAUAAAGAUGGGAAAUUAUGUCUGUCAGAAAUGGCAAGGCUGUUACCUGACCAGGAGAACUUUCUUCUAAAAUUUCAGGGUGUUAAAAUGGCCAGAAAAGAGUUUGACAAGAUCUUUGAGUUAUAUGAUCAGGACAGGAACGGUUACAUGGAUGAAAAUGAGCUUGAUGCCCUCCUCAAAGACCUUUGCAAGAAAAACAUCAAGGUGCUAGAAGUCAACAAAAUCCCGACAUAUAAGAGUGCCAUCAUGGCCCUGUCUGACGGAGGGAAGCUCUACAGAACAGAGUUAGCACUGGUGUUGUGUGCAGAGGAGAUGUGAACCCCACCAUCCACAACACCCACCCCUUCGUUCUCACACCAUCCCUGAACCAUCCCUCUGCUCACCUGUGAAGUGUAAAUUAGCUAGAACCUUAUGCAUAUUUCUGUUCUUUCAUUUGGAACAUUAAUUCCAUAUAAACAAGCAACCAGUGACACAUACUUUAUGAUUCAUUGUUUCGAUACUGUUUCUAAGUUUACAGCCUUUUUUUUUUUUUUUUUAACAAUGAUGCAGUUACUAUACUUUCGACCUCCACCUUGUGCACUACAUACACUGACACAACAUCACUUUCAACAGAGGAAACCCAACACAUUACUGAAUCCCCAUCCAGAUUUCAAUAUCCAAAAUUUACUCUGCACCAAUAGUGAAUAAUCUCAAGAAGUAUGGUAUCAUCAACAAAACACAAUAAUGACCCCAAGGAAUGCUUAUAAAACAUGGCCUGUUGGUGGAAUCUAUAUAAAACUCCAAAAGGCUACAUUUAUGAAGACAGGCACCUGCUAGUGAGGCAUUUUUGACUCUAAGCACUUGCUGAUAUGCAUUUCCCCAGCCCUGUCUCUGAUGUCAGAUCAACUAUAUUAUUUUGCACUGUAAAGAAUGACAUGCUCCUCUAUGCUGAACACCACAGACACUGUGUAAGAAGAUAAUAAACUUAUUGAAUGACU